AUGCGGCUCAUUGGAGAAGAUGACUUUGAGCGGCAGAACUGUCGCGGGUCAUGGCGCGCCGAUGACGGGUCUGGUUACGAGGCAUCGUGGCAGUACGAUCCUGCGACUGACAGAGUGUUGUUCUCGAUCUCACAGCUGCCUGUCGACGACCAGCGAUGGAUCGCCAUCGGCUUCUCCUCCAACAGGAGGAUGCCAAACACGGACGUUGUCUAUGGUUGGAUCAGCAACAAUCAGCCACGAUACUUUGAUGGGUUUCUAUCUGCCUAUGCCCCUCCAUCGAACGACGAAAACAAUCGCGGAACUAAUGACGUCAUCCUGUCGAAGUUCGCGAAGAUCGGUAACAAGAUGACGAUGGUGUUUUCCAAGCCGCGUCUGGGAGGAACCGAUGACGUGUCGCUCAACAACGUUUACCUCGUGUUCCCGACUAAACCCGGGUUUUACCUCGACCCGGGAGCCAUACUGAAACAUGACGGCACGCCGACGAUAGGGCCACGCGUCGACUUCAGUAACUGCGACCACCGGCGGGGUGCCGUCGCCGCGGUUUCCCCGCCUCUACCACCGUCUACCGCGUCCACCUGUGAGGGAGGCUGGGAGACGAAUGAUGGCGCCACCUACAGGGUUGUAUGGCAGUACGAUCCAUCUUCAGAUGGAGUCGUCUUUACCGUAACUGUGGGCAGAACAGAUGCAUGGGUUGCCAUCGGAUUCUCGCAAAAUCGGCGAAUGCGCGGCGCCCUCGUCGAUUACACGGGAGUUAACACGGACGAGACGAGCGAGAUUCGCCUCCUGGCGGCGGAGAGGUUGGCGAACAAGCAGACGAUCCAGUUCUGGAAGCCGCGAGUCGGCGGGAGGAGAAACGACUUCACUCUGCACGACGUUCACCUGAUCUUGCCGACAAAGCCCGGAAGGUGGUCGGAGAGGCCGCAAUUCGCCAUGGGAAAACACGAGGCCGCGCCCACCGUCGGGCCCAAGGUGUUCUUCAAUACAUGCGUGGCAAGGGCAUAG